AUGGAGGAGGAGGAGGAGGAGAAGGAGGAGGAGUCACCAGUAGUGACGCCAUACCCGGUCGACGUCUAUUCGUGCAGCUCUCUGAUCCGCCUGGAGCAAGAGGCCAAGCGCGAGUGGCACGCGCGGGUGCAGCGGGAGCAGCGCAAGGGUGACGCCAUGCCAGGAAAGAAGAUCAGCGAUGAGGUGCUGGACCUGGCUGAGUACACGAAGAACCAGCCCUGGUGGCGCAAGCUGUGCGGGCCCAGCUCCGGUUCCAGCACAGAAAAGUACAACGUAGCAACCCAGCUGGCUAUUGGAGGUGUCACAGGAUGGUGCACUGGCUUCAUCUUUCAAAAGGUUGGAAAACUGGCCGCAACAGCCGUGGGAGGUGGCUUCUUCCUGCUUCAGAUCGCAAACCACACGGGAUACAUCAAAGUCGACUGGCAGAUGGUGGAGCGGGACAUGAGCAAAGCCAAAGAGCAGCUGAAGUUUCACAGCAGCAGCAGCACCAACCAGCUGGGACCAGAGGUCAAGACCAAAGUGGAUGAGGUGAUCUCCUUUCUGAAGAAGAAUGUUCUCCUAACCGGUGGGUUUGUCGGCGGGUUUCUGCUCGGAAUGGCCUCUUAGGAGACACCCAGAUCUCCCUCAGAGCUCCCUGUACUGCGUUCAUCUCCCGCUCAGUGUUUGCUGGAUUGCUCAUUUGGCUGACUUGGAACAUUGUCCCUCCUGACCGGUUCUCCGCUCCAUUUGUGAAUCAUGACCUCCAGAAAUGCCGCCAUGAGCUCCUGUGUUCCUCCUGUUUUUAUUUGAUGCGCUUGAGAUUGGCUGGUCGGAGGUGGAUUCGGUCUGAAAGCUGGCAGCUGCUGGGCCGAGUGAUGUGCCCCCUUCUUGAGAACUUGGGCUCUGUAGAAUCCCCCUCCCCUAUUUAAUUUUAUUCAGCCAGAUGAUCUAGGCAUAGGGCCGUGCCUCGGGGUCGAUCCCGUUGCCAAGAUAGGAGUUUCCUUCUCCAUGAAUGCUCCAUCUUGACUGUUUUGUAUUCCUUCUUGAGUAACUGUGGUGCUGCCGGUGCUUCCAGCUGGUGAGAUCAGAUGAAUUCUCUGGCUUCGCACAGCGUGCAGAGGCUGUGCCAGGGCGUGUCCCAAAAUAACUGGGGCCUCGGACUGGCUCUUUCUGCUGCAGGCAUGCUCUUUCUCGAGUCCUGACAUUUGCUAGGACACCGUAUACAAACAUAUCCCUUCUGACGUCUCUUAGGUUGUUAUUUAUAUAUCUGGUGCUGGAGCUGCACAGCUGGAACUUCGUAUGGAAACUCUGUCUGUUAUGUAGGAUUCUUUGCUGAGGAUGCCUGAAAGACUUCCAAAUGUCACUGUUCUGAGGAAACGUCUCUUGUAUGCUUAACUGUCACAGACCUGUAAUAUAAAUGGUUCGAGCAAGACUUUGAUUGGAAUGACUGGAGCCAGCAAGCUCUUUGGGAGCGUCUGGGUUCUCUUGUGGGGUAGCAUUUGUUGCUGCAGUGGAGAAUGGAGGUACACACUGUGCUGCGGGAACCUCAUCUUGUACAGACCUCCAGCUGGCUAACUGGAAUGUACGGAUAGCAGAAGAUUGUAGAAUCUGGAUCUUCACUUGAUAAGCAUCUGUUGCAGUGAUGCAGAAUGGGGUGCAUUGUGCCGCUGGAUCUACAUCUCAACCAGAGAUCCAGUGAUCUGGGAUAUGCAAACAGCAGGAGCUUGGAGAAUCUGGGUCUUCUCAGCAGCACCUGUUGCCGUGAUGGGGACUGGAGGUGUGGGUUGUUCAACUGGAACUUCUUGUAUGGAUCUUCUACUACCUGGGAUGAAUGAAAGGAGAGAGGGUGCAGUGUUGUUGCUUUAGGAUCUCUUGUUGUUGAAGGUGGAUGAGGAGGGAAGAGAUGCAACUCUUGUCCAAAGCAAAAGUUAACAAAGGCUCAUUCCACACAUGCAGAAUAAUGCACUUUCAAACUGCUUUCAGUGCUCUUUGAAGCUGUGUGGAAUAGCAAAAUCCACUUGCAAACAGUUGUGGAAGUGGUUUGAAAACGCAUUAUUUUGUGUGUGCGGAAGGGGACAAAAGGAAUGGAGGGAAAUUGGCCUCUGCAGUAAUUGCCCAUUCUUGGAGAAAACUAGCGGGCGUUGCUGCUGUUCUUCGUGCUCUUCCGGUUGCGUGCGUGCAAAGGCAUUUGGCUAAACCCUGGUAUAGCUUAGUAGCUAAGAGAUUUACAGAUCCGGAAAUCCCUUGUGAGAUUCUUAGGCCUUUCCUUCUGUUCCUGGACUCACCCAACAAUAUGGGAAGCAGCGCAACCAAUCCGCCUUCUGAGAUGACUAUAAGAAUUACAAGCAAACACUGUCUGUGAGGCCACUGGAACACUUUAAAACCUCUUCAUCGAUGCUGAGUAGGAUUUAAGUAUUCCAGAGGGCAGGGACCUGGUUUUGUCUGUGCUUUCGGAUUGAAAUGGGCAGAUUGAUAAUCUUGCUAUUCAAGCCAUUAGCGUUGAAAAGCCAGCAUGCUCCCAAGCCACAACUCUGCAGGAUGUUUUGGACUCCGAUCAAACACAAAAGGAUAAAAAAAAAUUGGCCCAUUUUAGGAGAAACGUGCAGUCUGGGCAUAUUCCUUGGCCUUGCUCUUUCCUCACUGGGUUUGCCUUGCUGAGCAUUUUCAGAAGGUCCUUGUUGUGUCUGCAAAGCGGUGGGAAAGCACAGCCUUGGUCCAGGAAACGGUUAUCAGCCCAGCCUGCCAGGAAAGCUGAGGGGUCUCUGUAGGUUAACCAAAAAAACAUUCAGUAGACCCUUGAGUGUUGACUGAAUAUUUGGCUCGCAGCCCUUCCCUUUGCCCUGUAAACAAGCAAGGGUGAGAACACUGAGGGCCAACUAAGGCAUCCACUUUUUAAAAAGAACUGAGUCCAGAUUUCCCACGGCUCCGCAGCAGCUGCAGGCAAUGACUAUUAAAGAAAUUAAGCCAAGCAUAUUUAGGCUUAUAAUGCCAUCACGGGGGGAGGGAGGGCUCUCGUUUCCCUCCCCCAGUCGUCUUCAGUAACAGAACAGUGUUGGGUCUAGUUAUUUAUUUGGUUUUUUGCUGUUGCAUGAAGCAGGGAGUAACAAAACAGAACACACACACACACCCCGUUUCACAGCAGAAAAUGGCGGCAGGUUGGGGGAAGAGGUCUUCUUCCCCUCGCUGUGGCGUUCUGAGUCUCUAUGGGCUCCACUUUAUUUUUUUAAGAAAGCUGUUCCCUGCAGCUGUUGUGUGGAUUUGAGGAACCCCAAUGGAGCUCUGGUAUUUGCUUAAAAGCCUCUAAGAUCCUGGCCAACCUCAUUUGUUGCCCUGGGAGUGGGGGAGACUUACCUAGCAUCUGUUGCCUAGAAUUCUGAUGCGUGGUCGUAUUUUAACCCUGACCUUGCCACAGUCCAGUGUUCCUAAAACAAAACAUCAAAAGGGGGAGCCCCCACCUGCUUCCAAAAGCUUGCUCAUCUGUGCUGCCCACCUUACUCUUAGUUGUUUUAGAUCUGUGUUGAGGGGGGCUUUUUAUUGUUUGGGAUCCUCAGGAUUGCUUUGGGACUGAAGUAAUCUUGACAAAGGUCGCAGAUCACCGUGUUGAACUGCACGGGCCAGUUUUCUACAGUGAUUAGAGUAUUGGACUGGGGAGAUCCAGGUUCGAAUUCCCAAUUCAAAUGAAACUUUUUUGAAUGGUCUUAGGCCAAUAAUUCUUUCUGCCAGCCUCACAGAUGGACUUUAUGUGAGGGUAAAAAGAAGGGAGAAGAACUGUGCCUGCUUCCUUGAGUUCUUUGGAGGAAAGUUGGGAUAAAAGUGGAAUAAAUAAAUAUUAGGGGAAAAUAUAAAACUAUAUAAUGGGGCAGCCCACUAAAGUGUUACAGCAGCAGUUAGCAAGCUUUUUGAGUUCUCCAGAGCAUUUUAAAGAGAAAAAGAUUGUUUUUUUAAGGACAUUUCCCUUUUCAAGUGCUAAUAAUGGAGGGGAGCCCAGGGUCCUUAAGUAAAAUUGGCUGCGGGUUGAUUUGUUAAAACGUCUUCUGUUUUCCCUGCAUAGCCCUAAGAUAAAUUUAGGAUACACAUUACUGCAGAUUGCUUUUUAUAGACCCAGGGGGGAUAGAUGUGGAAGUGUCUCCAGUCUACCUUUGUCUGGGCCUGGCAGUCUUUGGGGGUUUUUUGCAACUAGCAUAUUUAGUUAAAUUGCCAUAUUCACAGCAAAUCAGGGUUUGUGAAACAACACUGCUUACAUCUUUUUCUGUCUUCUGUGUGGUUUUUGUUUCUCUCGUCACCCAGACCGGUCAACGUCCAGUCCCCUCAGCUGCUUGCAAUGGUGUGAUAUGUUCUUGAUGAUCACGGGUGUUUUUGGAUUUUCUCAGGAAAACAGGCAUCCCUGCACCAUCCCCUGUGAGAUCUCAGUGGAACAAAACCAGCCUCUCACUAGGCAUCCAGGUGAUCACUUUUAGUUCAGGAACAACUGUGCACAAACCCAGCCUUCACAAACCAAGCUCACGUGCUUCCCUGUGUGGAGGGAGUUAUAUUUAAUUGUGAAUCUCGACAUUGGGGCAACCCGCUGCAUUCCUGCGUGUUUUUCUUUUGCCUUAAAAGGGGAUGUGUGGAUGCAGACUUGGGGUGCAGUUGGAGAGUUUUGCCUGAGCCCAAACCCCAUGUACAGCACUGGUCUAUUUUGAGAUCAGCAAAGCACGUUUUCACCAGGUUCAUCAACUUCAAAGGAUGUUCUCUGUUCCGUGGAUGAAAUGUCUCCUUAGCCCAUUAGCUAACAGGAUUUGCAGCAGGAGGCAAUUUCUUCCCCACCCCCACUUUGCCACGUCCAAAAUCUUCAACCUGCCCCCCUUCCUGGUUUUUUUAACAUUGAGGAGGAACUGAGCUACAUGCCUAAGAAACUGUUUUGCUUUCCCUCCUGUGCUCCGGUUAGCAGCUUUGGGCAGAGAAGCUAGCAAGCUCUCAGUAGGCUUUGGCCCUCCACAGGAAGCUACUGCCGUCAAUCCGUACCAGGUUCAUUAAUCUCAUUUACCCAAAAAGGCUUUGUCAGGAUUUGGUUGAAUAUAGACACUGGGUAAGUGUCAGUAAGGAGGAGAUGAAACACAUUAACUGGACUUCCUUUUUUAAAACAGGAAAAGCCCCUGAGGUGUGUGUGUAUAAAGUGCUUUCAAGUUGUGGCUGACUGUGGCGACUCUUAAGAGUUUUCAAGGCAAGAGACAUUCAGAGGUGGGUCGCCGUGGUCUUCCUGCACACAGCAGCCCUGGAAUUGCUUGGCGAUCUCCCAACCAAACAUUAACCAGGGCCGACCCUACUUAGCUUCUGAGAUCUGACAAGAUCGGGCUAGAUUGGCCCAUAGGGAUCUCCCGGCCAAAGUUCUCCCCCACCCACAAAACCCUGGACUUCAGAAAGCAUGGUCACCAAUGGAGACCUAAGCCUAGAAAUGAAAGAUGCUCUUAAGGGAAGAGGGGAGGUUGCUAGAAUCCAAUUAGCCCCACCCUCACUGCGCUUAGAAGAGCAUUAAGGUUUUUGGCAUGUUUUUAUAUGGUACUUAAAUAUUUGAAGUGCAAGGUUAAAAUAAACUGUCUUUGCUGUA